AAUGUAUUUCCUUGAUUUUUAAUACAGACUAUUAUAAAUAGAAAUGCUCGACAUGAAUCCUAGCAUAUCCAUCAUCAUUCCUAUGUUUACAAUGUUAUUCUUUUUAUCGGUUCAAUCCAAGUUUUCUACCAUCUUUAACAAUGAAAAGUUUUUAGAUAUCCAAAUAUUAUUCAACUCGAGCAACAUUUUCUCACUAUUACUAUGGUGUACGUUAAUAGCAUUCAUAGCAAUAUUUUACCAAAAGAAAUGCUCAAAAAAAGUAUUUCUAGUGGAUUUUGCAUGUUAUAAACCUUCACCUAGAGGCAUCUGUAGUAAGGAAACGUUUAUAGAAAAAUCAAAAUCCGGAGGUCAUUUUAAAGAUGAGAGCAUACUUUUCCAAAAAAACAUUAUAGAUAAGUCUGGAAUUGGUGGUAAGGCUUAUUUGACAGAGUCCUUAUUGAAAAUUCCACCUUGUAUUUCUACUAUUGAAGCAAGGAAAGAAACAGAAUCAGUUAUUUUUGGUGCUAUUGAUGAGCUUUUGUUGAAGACAAAAAUGAAGGUUGAGGAUAUAAAAAUUCUUAUAACAAAUUGUUCUAUAUUCAAUCCUUCACCUUCUCUUAGUGCUAUGGUUAUAAAUCAUUACAAACUUAAGCAUCAAACUUUGAGCUAUAAUUUAAGUGGGAUGGGUUGUAGCGCUGGACUCAUAUCCAUAGACCUUGCCAAACAACUACUACAGGUACAUCCAAACUCAUAUGCCUUAGUAGUGAGCACAGAAAAUAUGAACAGCGGAUAUUACUUAGGAAACAACAAAUCAAUGCUUGUUUCAAAUUGUCUCUUUCGUGUUGCUGGUGCUGCGAUCUUACUCUCAAACAUUUCCUCAGAUUCUCAUUGUUCAAAGUAUCACCUUAAACACACAGUUCGUACACAUAAAGGUUCACAAGAUAUUUGUUAUAAUUCAGUCUUUCAGAAAGAAGAUGAAACAAACAAAAUCAUAGGAGUAUCGCUUUCAAAAGAUUUAACGAGUUCCGCUGGUUUUGCACUUAAAGAAAACAUCACAACACUUGGAAAAUAUGUUUUACCUUUACUAGAACAAGUUAAGUUUGUUUCAACUUUUGUUCUCAAAAAGUACUUUAACAACAAAGUGAAGAUUUAUACACCUGAUUUUAAGUUGUGUUUUGAGCACUUUUGUAUACAUACCGGUGGAAAAGCGGUUCUAGAUGAGAUGCAAAAGUUGCUUGGAUUAAGUGAUGUUCAAUUAGAGCCUUCAAGGAUGGCACUUUAUAGAUAUGGUAAUACUUCAAGUAGUUCAACUUGGUAUGUGUUAGCAUAUUGUGAAGCUAAAGGGAGAAUAAAAAAAGGCGAUAGGAUUUGGCAAAUUGCAUUUGGGUCUGGAUUGAAGUGUAAUACUGCUGUUUGGUGUGCAUUAAGAAAUGUUGAUCCAAUUAAAGAGAUUAAUCUCUGGAGUGAUGAGAUAAAUGAGUUUCCUGUGAAUGUUUCAAUUUGAAGUUAAGCAUUAGCAGUCUCCACUAAAUUGAUCAUAAUUGGAGCUACAAGAAUCUGAUCGACGCGUUCUAAUAAUCGUCGGAAAGCUAAGAGAAAGAGCUACCACUUUAAUGUUGGAGUCAAAGGCAGAUUCAGAGUGCAUAAUUCCCAAAAUUCCAUUUAAGUUGCGGCAUUAGUUAUAUUAUCGUUUUGGGUCAUUCGUUAUGGGUCUGGGUUAUGUAUUUGACCCAGUGGAGUUGUAAACCGAAUUGGUGGUUUCCUCUAGUACCUAGGUCUGGCCGUACUGUCGAUGACACAUUUACCAUUCACGUAAUAAUUUGGCAAGCUUGUACGAAUUGAUGGAGAACUAAUUCCUCGGAGUUGAUCUACUGUAUUCAGGUUCUAAUCUUUGAGGUUAUUAUAAUGUUCAAUUGAA